CAAUCAUGGCCGCCCCCAAGCAAGUUUACAUUGCCAUCAUUGGCGCCGGUGGUGUCGGCAAGGUCUUCAUUGACCAGCUCCAGACCCUCGCUGCUCGGAGACCUUCCCCGAAGCUGAGUCUCGCCUACAUUGCCACGAGCCGCAAGGCCAUCUACAACGACGACUACUCUGCCAUUAACCUCGACAAUGUCGUCGAUACCCUCGGAGCCUCCUCCAAGGCCCCCCUCGCUCUUCCCCAGGUCGUCGAGUACCUUUCCAAGGCCCCCGCUAAGACCGUUCUCGUCGACAACACCAGCUCCCAAGACGUUGCCGAGCUGUACCCCCUCGCCCUGAGCCAAGGCAUUAGCAUCGUAACCCCCAACAAGAAGGCUUUCUCUGGCUCCUAUAAGCUGUGGCAGGACAUCUUCUCUGCCGCCGAGGCUUCUGGAGCUCGUGUCUACCAUGAGUCAUCCGUUGGCGCUGGCCUUCCCGUCAUUUCCACCCUGAAGGAUCUCGUUGAGACUGGCGACAAGGUCACCAAGAUUGAGGGCGUCUUCAGCGGCACCAUGUCUUUCCUCUUCAACUCCUUUGCUCCCACCGAGGGCCAGGGCGGCAAGUGGUCGGACGAGGUUAAGAACGCCAAGUCUCUGGGCUACACUGAGCCUGACCCCCGAGACGAUCUCAACGGCCUCGACGUUGCUCGCAAGCUGACUAUCCUGGCCCGCCUGGCUGGUCUCCCUGUCGAGUCCCCCACCUCCUUCCCCGUGCAGAGCCUCAUCCCCAAGGAGCUCGAGUCCUGCACCAGCGGUGACGAGUUCCUCGAGAAGCUCCCUGCCUUUGACCAGCAGAUGGAGGAGACCAAGGCGGCUGCCGAGAAGGCCGGCAAGGUUGUCCGAUUCGUUGGAAGCAUCGACACUGCUUCUCAGCAGGUCAAGGUUGGUCUCGAGCAGUUUGACCGCUCUCACCCCAUUGCCGCUCUCAAGGGCAGCGACAACAUCAUCAGCUUCUACACUGAGAGGUAUGGAAGCAACCCUCUGAUCGUCCAGGGUGCCGGUGCCGGUGGUGCUGUGACUGCCAUGGGUGUGACUGCCGACCUGAUCAAGGUUCUGUCGCAGAUUGCUUAAAAUCGAAAGUGCUAGCAAAAUAAAAGCGUGCCCAAGAAUAUAAGUUUAUUAUCGUAUUCUGAUCGAUCGAGGGUCCGUGACUAGCAGCGUAGUGUCGCCUUGUCUAUACCUGUCACUAUUGCCGUAGUAUUUGUAUUCGAAGCGACAGCGGUGGGUUUUGAAUCGCGAGGUGAAGCGGGGGAGCUGUUACUGGCAGUUCUCCAUGCCCAAACGACGAGGUCGAAAAUGAUGAGGAGAACAAUCGGAACGAACAAGACCAAACCAACCCCGAAACAGGCAAGGGAGAUCCAGUGGACAACCAAGGAGUACUCAGUCAGUAGAGAACCGAAAAGAUUCCAUGGCGCGUCAGGAGAAGACUCAGACAUUGUAGUAUACGGCACAAACAGCUUGGAAGAAAAAAAGCUCAUGACUAUGAAGGGGGUGAUGUGGUUGUAGGUG